CUGGUGUUGUGGGCUUUCAUGGCCGCCCGGCUCACUGGAGUCUCUCUCUGCCUCUGACAGGAGCUGGAGCGGCAGCUGUCACCGAGUCGGUGGUCGCACAGGAUGUCCGCAGACGACGUGGUCAAGGCCCACGCCAAUGCACUGAAGGAAGGUACGGAGCGAGCCCGUGCUCUGGCUCAAACUUUACUCAACGUGCCAUACGGGGAGGGAGAUGGAGAGAAACUGGACGUCUACAUACCCAGGACCGACUCUUUGGAUGUCCCACUUGUGAUUUACAUACAUGGUGGAUACUGGCAGUUUCUCAGCAAGGAGGAAUCGGGAUUCAUGGCCGUUCCGCUCGUCGAUAAAGGUGUGGUGGUGGUUGCUGUCGGCUACGACAUCGCCCCCAAAGGUAACAUGGACUUGAUGGUGUCUCAAGUACGCAGGAGUGUUGUGUCUGUUGUUCAACAGUAUUCUCACAUCAGUGGUCUGUACCUGUGUGGACACUCUGCCGGGGCUCACCUGGCUGCAAUGGUCCUCUCCACUGACUGGUCACAGUACAGCAUCGCUCCACAGAUCAAAGGGGCUUUCCUGGUCAGUGGCUUAUAUGACCUGCUGCCCAUCCAGUCCACAUAUAUCAAUGAGCCUCUGAAGAUGACAGAAGAGGUGGCGAUCAGGAACAGCCCGAGCACGCUGGUCCCUCAGCUCAAACUCUCCUCCUCCAGUUGCCACGUUGUUGUGGCCGUUGCCGAGAAUGACUCGCAAGAGUUUCGCAAGCAGUCACAAGAGUACUACAAAGCUUUAGAGGCGUCAGGACUGAAUGUGACUAUGGAGGACGUGCCAAACACGGACCACUUCAAUAUCAUCGAGCAGCUGGUAGAUGGAGAUUAUCACCUAACAAAGCUUCUCUUGAAGAUGAUGGGGAGGAGCUGAGGUGUCUGUUUCGUCAUCUAAUCUCGAGUCAACACACAAAUUUACAAUUUCUUUCCAUUUUUGAUUGCUUUUAAACUCAUAUGGCACGGAUUGUUUUCAACAUCUAGUUUACUGUUUCAUCAUUUGAUUUGAUCUCUAUUCUCUCUUGUCCUAAGUAAACUUCACAUGUUACAACCACAUUCAUGUGUAAAAACAUUUUGUGCCUGAAAACGAACUACUUCAAAGAUGGUGGUAUAGUAGCACAUUAUACCAGUGAUAAACCGGCUCACAGCGACAAUCUGCACAACAACUGUAAGUCCUCGGAAAAGGACAAUAACAAGUCCCAAAGUGAAGAUUACUGUCAUACAUAAUACAAUGUGAAUGAUGUGUUUUGUUGUAGUCCCCACAGUGGUGAUAUCUCACACAGGGAAAUUUAAUGUGGUAAAUGCUGAUAUAUUUGCACUUUUUUCUUCUUUUCUUUUUUUUAAAUUGUAAUAUAGUUGCAGAAUACUGAUAGUGAAACAGACAUAUGUUUAUAAAAAUGAUGCACGUUG